AUGUGUGUUCCAAAGGGAUCUAUCUAUGAUAGAUCAACGGUGCACGGUGUGGUAUUGCGGAAUGUAGAUGACAUUGGACUAAUUCGAGAACUUGAAGGAGAACUAGAUCUAGAUGUAUGGAGGGCUGGAAUGCCUGGGGUCAAAGAUGCCCACAUCAUGGUCAGGCCACAAUAUAAGGAGAAGUUUUUAGCGAGAUUGGACGAAGCCGGUAUUCAGCAUUAUGUACAUAACAAUGAUGUAGUCAGGGCCCUCGACGACUUUGAAGUGAAGUUUAAUCAAUGGAAGUUAAGACGAAACAACGAUGCGAUAUAUAACACGUAUCCUAGAUAUGGAGAGAUCGAGGCCUAUUUAGACAGACUUGGACAAGAAUAUCCUAAUAUUGUGACAGUUGUAAACGCAGGAAACACUUUCGAAGGACGACCUAUGAAAUAUGUUAGGAUAUCAACCACAAACUUCGAGGAUCCGAAUAAGCCUAUAUAUAUCUUGGAUGCAGCAAUGCACUCCAGAGAAUGGGUGACACCUCCAGUGGCGUUAUACACAAUACAUCGUCUUGUUGAGGAUUUACGGAAUGAAGAUAGGGAUCUUUUGGAAAAUGUCGACUGGGUGAUCCUCCCCGUGUUCAACCCGGACGGAUGGGAAUUCUCUCAUGUACAAAAUCGCAUGUGGCGUCGCAGUCGCUCUUUCAACGCUACGAUAAGUCCCAUAUGCUACGGAGCGGAUCUCAACCGGAAUUUUGAUAUCUUCUUCGGCACUUUCAGCGUAUCGAGCAACCCAUGUUCCGACAUCUACCCGGGACCUUUCGCCUUCUCCGAAAUAGAGAGCAGAAACGUCAGGGACAUGCUCUAUUUGUAUCUAAACCGUACUCAAAUAUACAUGAAUAUGCACAGCUAUGGGAACUAUAUUUUGUACGGCUUCGAUAAUUACACACUGCCCCACAAUGUCGCGCAGUUGCAUUUCGUAGCCGCAGCUAUGGGGGCGCAUAUUGAUGCUAGGAAGAUGGCGGACGCCCCGUACUAUGCGGUUGGGAAUAGCAAUUAUGUGCUUUACGGCGCGUCUGGGACCUCUCAAGAUUAUGCUCAGGAGAUCGGUGUGCCAUUCUCUAUAACGCUAGAGUUGCCAGAAUUCGACGAUUACGGUUUCGUGGUACCACCAGAGUACAUCGAACAAAUAAACACAGAAACGUAUGCCGGUAUAGCGGAGACAGCAAGAUUGGCGUAUUUAUUCUAUCGUCAUAGACUUUAAAUAUUAUUUUUAUGCCAUUAAUAUGUACAAUAAAUUGGGAUUGUUUUUUACAUUCA